AUGCAGAAUGGUAUACUCACUACUCUGCGGAACUGCCUAACCAAUGUUGCUAAUGUAGAGCUUGCAUCUGUUUUGUCUUUGUUGCAGGAUGUCAUCACCAACGACGUGUCACACGAUAGGUUCCUCACCCAUGGCUCCUCGUUCUCCUUCAGGUGCGCCUACUCGCUGCUAUCCUCUGACCAUGAGAUCGAUUUCAAUGCCGGAGACGUCUGGAGCUCCAAUGCACCUAUCAAGGUCAAGAUCUUCGGCUGGCUCCUCUGUCGUGAUAGGUUGAGCAUGAUGGCGAACUUGCAUCAAAAGACCAUCACCUCGGAUUCAACCUGCCCCCGAUGCGACCUCGUGCUGGAGGACGUGACGCACCUCACCAUCCUUUUCCCAUGUGCGACGCAUCCGGGGCCGGCGCCCGCUGCUCCGGCGACCCACCCCCACCGGGCCCUCGCGGCCCAGCACGUGUUAGCAACGGCCGCGCCGCUUUGUCCCUUCUCCGGCUCGCCGUCACUAUCCGUCCGUCCGUCCGUGCCUUUGACCUGCGCCACCCCCGACCCCUAUCCCCCGCCGCCCGCCUAUAUAUACCCCAGGGCCCAUUCCCUGCCGCCGCCGCUCCGCUCCCCCAAAUUUUCCCGUUCCCUCCCCCGUCCCGCGCCUCCCCCUCCGCUCCGCCCGCUUAAACCCCUAACCCUAGCGACAGCGCCGCCGCCGCCGCCACCGCGCAGCCAUUUCCGCGCUUUGCACGCGGGGCCGGGCAUGGCGCCGUUCGGGGACGGCGGGAUGGGGCCAGGCCCGUUCGGCGACGGCGGGAUGGGCGGCGGCCCAUUCGGCGACGGCGGGAGGCGCGCGUUCGGGAACGGCGGGGAGGACGACGCGGGGUGGGGCUGGGACCCGCUGCGCAGCGGCAGCGCCCCGCCGACCAUGGACGGCGCGCUGCUGGCGGCCGACGGGGUUCUCGGCGGAGGAAUAGGAGGAGGUGGCGGCGGCGGGGGAAGCGGGGAUUCCUUCUUCUCCGGGGCCGGCGGGCUCGGCGCCAGGCUCGACGAGGUCAGCCGGCGGCGCGGGGCCAUCGACCAGGACCAUUAUGGUAACUCUGCAUUACUAUCUAAAGGUGUAGGAGGCUUCCAGCUUAAUGGUACCAGAGGUUUUGACGGGCAGCAAUUUAGACCAAACCACUCCACAUUUGAUAUGGGUUCAACAUUGACGGAACAUGAUGCUGAAUUUUAUGGGCAUCAGAAUCACUUCAUGCCAGACAUGGGAAAGAUCAACACUUUUGGAAGAAGGGACUUUGAUUCUACUUAUCUCUCAGAUUCUGAUCUUUCAGAUACUUUCUCUGGAUUGAGGCUAUCUAAUAGGACACCACUUGAUGAAAGGAGACAUGAGAAAGAGCUGCUUGAUGAAAUGCUUAUGCAUCGCAGAUAUUUCAACUCUAAUAUGGCUGAUGAUAGCCGGCUUCCUUCAGCUGAUAAUGUUUUUCACUCACCUAGGUCCCAGCACAUGGAUUUUCGCCCGACACGUCGAAAUUGCUUACGUAGGCAGAACAGUUCAAUUGAUGCCCCCAAUGCCCCAAGGAUGAAUCACCAUCACAUGGAUAAUGUUGAUCACCUAUCUUUUGCUGAAAGGCUAACUUUGAUGCAGUCAGGCAAUUUGCGUGGGGAGGCCAACUAUCUCCGUGAUGCAGCUAUGACAAAUAUGAUGAACCCCUUGAGCAAUAGAAACAACACCAUUACAGACUUGGGUUUGGCUAGGAAUCGUAAGGCAUACCUUGAGGAUCAUUUUGCCCGGCAGUGUCUGCAGAAUGAAAGUAGUUUUGUACCAAAAUCUGGUCUCUCUUAUAGUGGUAACAGGCUCUAUCAUGAUGAGCCUUGUUUCCCCUCUUCAAGAGCGCAAAGAUUAGGGUCUCAUUUUCAUCCUAAUUUGGGGAGCAUUCCAUGUCACGAUGACCAGCAAUCACGGCUCUUCUCUGUUAAUAGAAGGUCAGCUGGUAGGAAUAUGGGCCUACAGAACAAUCACGAUAAUGCUGUAGAACACUGCAUAGAUUCUUUUGAUAGAAACAGUGAUGAAACCUUGGAGCUACUUGAUGCAGUUGGCCAUGUCAUGAAUGUCAGUGUGGAUCAACAUGGCAGUCGGUUCAUUCAACAGAAACUAGAAGAAGCAUCUGCUGAGGAUAGGGAAAAGAUCUUCCCAGAGAUACUGGCCAAUGUUAUUGCUCUAACAACCGAUGUGUUUGGUAAUUAUGUGAUCCAGAAGUUCUUUGAGUUUGCUACAGAGGGACAGCUUAAACAGUUAGCAGAUAAACUCAAUGGUCAUAUUAAGGCUCUAAGCGGUCAGAUGUAUGGUUGCAGAGUUGUUCAAAAGGUUAUUGAGGUAGUUGAUAUGGACACAAAGAUUGAUAUAGUUUCUGAGCUCAUGGAUUCUGUUCUGGAUUGUAUUGGUGAUCAGAAUGGCAACCAUGUAAUUCAGAAGUGCAUUGAGUGUGUUCCUGAAGAUCGCAUUCCAUUUGUUAUCGAGCCUAUACUAUCACAAAUUUGUAAGCUUUGUACUCACCAAUAUGGCUGCAGAGUUAUUCAGAGAGUUUUGGAGCAUUGCCGUAAACCAGCGACUCAAAGUGCUGUGAUGAAUGAAAUUGUGCAGCAUGCUUUUGCUUUGACUGAAGAUAAGUAUGGGAACUACGUUGUUCAGCAUGUCCUGCAACAUGGGAAGCCAGAGGAACGGUCGUCCAUUAUUCAGAAGCUCACAGGCCAAAUGGUGAUCUUGAGCCAGCAGAAAUAUGCAUCUAAUGUCAUUGAAAAAUGUUUGGCCUAUGGUACUCCUGAAGAACGUGAUGUCCUUAUAAGGGAGAUUUUUUCUUGUGGUCAAACAUUUCAGACACUGAUGAAAGAUCAGUUUGGCAACUACGUCGUACAGAAAGUCCUUCAGACCUGUGAUGACAAAUACUUUGAGAUGAUCCUGUCAAGCAUCAAGGUGCACUUGAACGAACUGAAGAACUACACAUAUGGGAAGCAUAUCGUUGCACGGGUUGAGAAGUUAAUCAUCACAGGAGAGAACCGGGUGCGGAUGGCGUCGAAGCCCUGCCGAUGUCAACAGGAGGCAAAGUGCACCGAUGCCGGCGCUGAUUCUUCUUAAGCAUUUGCCAUCACUUCUGGUGGAACAUGGUUGGACUGUGGUGAGGUUUUUUCCGUUGGUACAGCGUGCAUGUAAUGUCAUGCCUUGGUAGAGAGGAGCAAGGUGUUCUCUUUCCUGUCCUGUAUAGAAUCUGGAGAGUUUUCGGGAAACUUCCGAGUAACUAGUUGAGUAUUAGGGUUCGCCGCUGUAUAUCUUUUCGGCCAUGUAAAAGUUUACAGGUGGAUAUAUAGCUGUACAUGUUAUGGAGUUGUUAGCUUGGUGAAUUGUGACGUUUAAUUUGUUCCUGUUGGAGCUGCUACUUGAAGUUGAUGGGUUAAACUUUCUUUGCAAAACCAA